AGUUGCGGACGGCGUAGGACCGCUGUGCGCUGGGUUGUAGCCGCGGCGAGGAUGCAGUGCAGGACUGAGGCCGCAGACAAGCUUGUGCGAGAGUUCCUCAGGACGGGAUCCACUGUCAGGUCAGACCCGAACCGGUGCGGAGCAGAACUACAACAAGGGAAGGGAGCAAAAACACAAAACAAAACGUCAGCGGGCUGCGGAUAGCGAGUGAGCACCCAGACCAGUAGUCCGAUCAUGGCAGUAAUAUAGUCGUUGGUAAAGGGCAGUGCGCUUACAAAAAGCGUCGAUAAAGUUCAUUUUCAGGCUGUGCUGUGCUUUUGAAAGUAGCAUGGGCGAUCGAGGCAGCUGGCUUUUGUGUUUUAAAAGAAAGCUGUGAUUAAAGACGAGCUAUGGUACAGGUGGAGAGUGGCUGUUUCAGCUUCGUGCAUGCGUUUAAACGCAUCUGACACUUCGCUUAAUUGUACUCUGAACAUGAAGGGCAUUUAUAACUAAGGAUCUGAUUCGCAUGUUAUAUUAACACGAGUUUGCGAAUGAACACUUUUGUGACAUAUGGAUGGCAGCAUUCAGGAACAUACUCAAUGUGCACAGAACUGCUCCAGGAAUAAGAUGAUGAAAAACUGGGGAGUCAUUGGGGGGAUAGCGGCUGCCCUGGCCGCUGGAGUUUACAUCCUGUGGGGGCCGAUCACCGAGAGGAAGAAACGCAAGAAGGGUAUGGUUCCUGGGCUGUUGAAUCUGGGCAACACCUGCUUCAUGAACUCUCUGCUGCAGGGCCUGGCAGCCUGUCCCUCAUUUAUUAAGUGGCUGGAAGAGAUCACGGGCAGAAGCGGCCUGGACCAGAACCAGCAGGAGAGAGAGCUUCAGCUCUCCAAAACCCUGCUGCAUCUGCUCAAAGCUCUCUCUAGUCACGAGGCCACGGAGGAUGAUGUUCUGGAUGCGGGGUGUCUCCUGGAUGUCCUCAGGUCGUACAGAUGGCAGAUCAGCUCCUUCGAAGAGCAGGAUGCCCACGAGCUCUUCCACGUUCUCACGUCCUCUUUGGAAGAGGAGCGAGACCGACAGCCCCGCGUCACCCACCUCUUUGACAUCCAUUCCCUGGAGAGUCCCCCAGAGCAGAAUGAGAGGAAAGUCACCUGCAGAAGCCGUGGGCCUCUGCAUCCUUUGCCGAACCCUUGGAAAUCCCAACACCCUUUUCAUGGACGGCUGACGAGCAACAUGGUGUGCAAGCGCUGUGAACAGCAGAGCCCUGUCCGGUAUGAUUCUUUCGACAGCUUAUCUCUCUCCAUCCCUUCAGCACCCUGGGGUCAUCCCAUAACUCUUGACCAUUGUCUUCAACAUUUCAUCUCCUCUGAGACCAUCAAAGAAGUGGAGUGUGAGAACUGCACAAAGAUCCAGGCUGGUGGCAUGCUGAAUGGACAGCUUAUGGAAAACCAGAGGACAACCUUCAUCAAGCAGCUGAAGUUGGGCAAGCUUCCCCAGUGCCUCUGCAUCCACCUCCAGCGGCUCACCUGGUCCCACCAGGGCAGGCCCCUCAAGCGGCAGGAGCACGUGCAGUUCGCCGAGUUCCUGUCCCUGGACUGCUACAAGCACCGGGCGCCAAGCCUGAGGUCCCGCCAGCCCAACCGGACCAACCGGCCGGCCAGAGGGGACAGCCCCGCAGAAGCUCAGGAAAAGAGCUCCCCCAGGGGUUCAGAGACAGAACGCUUGCGCAACAAUAGAAAGCUGGUGCCCAACGGAGCAUGCUCAGCUUUGAUUCUGAACUCCCCAGCUUUGAGCUCCCAGUUCCCAGCAGUGUUUGACUGCAGCUCUUCUGUGUACCUGUUCCGGCUGACAGCUGUGUUGGUCCACCACGGAGACAUGCACUCAGGACACUUUGUCACGUACCGCCGCGGCCCCCCGUCCCCCAGGAACCCCCUCGCCUUCAGCAGCCAGUGGCUGUGGGUGUCCGAUGACUCAGUGCGCAAGUCCAGCCUGCAGGAGGUGCUCUCCUCCAACGCCUACUUGCUCUUCUACGAGAGGGUCCGUCCCGCCAGCACGAGGCAAGAGUGUGAGGCCACUGGCUGCCCGCACUGAACCGCACACCCUGCCGCCUGGCGCUGUGCUGUGUGCUGGACAUCCCUACCUGCAAUUCUUCCAGCCCCGCGUGCAAUUCUGAUUCACCUAGUGCUGUUCUUUUGUCCAGUGUCCCGAAACUCUCUGGGAAAGGAGUGCAGGAACAGAUGGAAGAUGGAACUUUUAAGUGAUGGAUCUCCUCCUAUCAUGGAUGAAUCUUUUCAGAGUCACACAGAGAGAGGAAAGAAAUGACAGGGCAACUGCGUUGCACCCCCUCUCCUCUCCUUCCGUUUACACUGUCCUUCGAAGUGAUAUCGAUCUCCUCAACACCUUAAGCAGUGACAAACCGUAAAGGAAUGAAGGGGGCUGUGGCCACGAGGAUGCCUGUUUUGGCAUAUAGAAGCAACGCCUUCAUCCGAUCACCAGAUCCAACUGAGAGCGGGAGACCUCAAGCAUUAUAGCAGAGGUAACAGAAUGAACUGGGUGAAAACAUAUCUUUACCACAUGCCUAGAUCUGUAGCAUUAUCCGGAACUUAAUGUGCCACUCUGUAAUCAGUGCUAAUGGAUCGUUUAAUUUCUAAUGAAUAUAUAAUGGAGCAAGGUCAAAGACGGACUUGAAAAUCUGAAAAUGAAAAAAACUGGCACAGGGGACAGAAUAUUUGACUGUUUUAAGGUUGUCUCAGUGGUAUUCAAACAUCUUCUUCCUAAAACGCACUUAAGACCUUGUUAGUAUCUUAGAAAUCGAUUCCAAAGGCUCGAAAUAGCAAAAUAAGAAAAUGAUUUUGAAUAAAGUGCCUCCUUGCUAGGCUGAACUAGAAGUGGGGGUAGUGCUGCUCAUCCUUUGUUAUUCAGGGGAUCAUAGGUGUUUUAUUGUUAUUUCAUUGUUAAUUAAGAAGGGAUCAUUGCUUGUUAAACUUUGUCUAGGAUGCUUUUGUUUUAUUUAAAAAAAACCUUGGCUGAUUUACCAUAAAAGCAAUUUGGGUACAUUUAUGAAUAAUCACUCAAAAUCCAGCAUUUCAGUUUUGAUCCAAUAUAUCUUUAUUAAAAAGUUCUCUGCAUCACGGUAUACUGCUCAAUUACUUGUAGAUAUUAUGUUUUUUAUGAGAUGUGCCUCACUACACUGAAACUGCCCCAUCUCUCUUCGUGAGAAACAGGUUUUGUAUGCUGUUGCAUCUUUGAUGUCUUUUUGCAAACAACAGGGGGCAUAAUUAUUUUUACCCUUUGCUUAUAUUUAUAUAAUGUGACAGCUACAACAAGCAUUGGUACUUUGAUACAGGCUUGGCAGUGAAGGCUUCUGUUUUCUGCCCCUUAGUCAGAGCCCCUGUGUGUACAAGCAUGUGGUUGAUUAAAAAUGUCCUCAGAGUGACCAAAGGCCCUUUUGUACAGUAUAUCCAGUCAGAUUGCCCUGGGAUAAUCCAAGAAUCACCAGAGGAGGUGACUACAAAGACCAAAAAAAUAAACUCGCCGUUUUCUGGAGAAAUAUGGAAAUGUCAUAUUGAUGUUCAUCUUGAUGUCUUGCAAUAGUGUCAGUAUUGAACUCCUCAACAUUGUUAUCAGUUCCAAAUAUGGGGCAGCAGCUUACAAUUCCCCUUGUCCCGUUCCUCUUGGGAAGUGUUUGAAUUACCGUAUAAAUUCUCAAUCAGCUUGAACGGACUUGAACUUAAUAAUUUCAUGGCAGUACUGUACAUGCCAUCUUAGUGCACAGUUUUUUGUUGAGAGAAAUGAACUGCAUGAUCAGAGAUACCUUCCUGAUUAGAUAACAUCCACAGGUUAAUCCCUUUAAAAGAAGACAACAGGAUAACAUAUUUUGUGCAAGUCCCCUAGAUCUGUGAUUUUAAUGGGAACAGGAACAAGCCAAAAUGCUAUGACUUGAUGAACAUACAAUUUAUUACAUGAACCUUCAAGCUGUGAAAACAAACCUGCCACUUAGUCUCAUUGCUGGAACUGUAGGACAAAAUGUACACCCUGAAGUAGUUUGCUCACUAUCAGAGUGAGAAUAUUAAUGAAAUUGUUUAAUGCAGAUUUUAUACAGGGGUGGCACAGUGGUUAUCAUUGGUUCCCUGGGUUCAGUUCCGGACCCGUGUGAGUUUCCUCCUGGUACUCCAGUUUCCUCUCGCAGUCCGAAGACAAACUGGUGGUUUAACUGGCUUCAGGGAGAAACUGACCCUGGAGUGACCGUGUGCACGUUUGUUUCUAUAUGUGCCCUAUGAUGGACUGGUGUCCCAUCCAGGGUAUAUCCUGCCUUCCGCAUUGAAUUGGAUGAAGCGGUAAGAAAAUGGGUGGAUUAUGUUAUAGUGAGAUAUAAAAGGAAAACAGCAGGCUGCAUUUAUUCCAUACUUGCUCCUAUAUGUAACUCCCCUGCAAGACGUUUGCACUAAUGUAUGUUUUUAAUAUUUGUUGUACGAUCUGUUGCCAUGCCAAACAUGUUUUGACGUGUUCAUAGAUUUAAAUAUGAACAAAUAAAAUGGAUUGAAUAAGAUAA